GUUGCCGAGUGGCUGAAAUUCGUUGAUCGGCUCAAGCGACCGCCAACAUGGUUGCGCCCUUCUGCUCCACGGGGUUGAGAAGCUUAUUGAGUAUUUUCGUUGUGCUAAUCGUCAAAAGUCAUGCAGAAGAAGAAUUUGAAGGCUCUCGGACAUUGUUGAUUGAGCACAGUUUUGAUUCAGGUCCUGAGCCAGUGUUCACAAGAAGAGGCACGGUUGUGAUUCAUUCUCUCAAGUCCAACAAGGCCCAGUUUUCUCAAGCAGCACCUUUAACACAUGAAGAGAGGGAACAGCUGGCUAAACUUGCCUAUGAAGAUGGCAUUUACAGACUGCGCAUCCCAUUGAACAAGGGGAUUAACACAGAUGCAGACAGCUAUGUCUCUACCUUUACCAGAGCUUGUGGCCUGUAUGAAUCUGGGCUGACAGACCAGCUUACUAUCAACUUUGACCCCACAGGAGAGGUGCUGGGUGUGUCUGAGCAUGCAAUCCCUGGACGUUGCACUGGUGCUAUAGUAGAUGCUUCCAAUCUUACCAACUGGAAGACAGCAGUGGAUGCAAUUCAGUCAGUGUCAGGACCUGUACCUGAUACACAGACCUACCUUGAAAAAGUAAAACGAGAUGAACAGGAACGAGCUAAAGGCCAACAGGGAGACAACCGAUCAUUUUUUGGAAAAUACUGGAUGUAUAUCGUCCCGGUCGUCAUCAUGCUGAUGAUCAUGUCGACGGCUGACCAGCAGGCAGGAGCUGGAGGCGGCGGCGGUGGUGGCCGGUAGUGACGUCACCAUAAGCCUGCUUCCUGGACAAAGUCGUCUUGCUCAACACGAAACCUUUGGGCAAGCUCGUCAAAACUUGCGGCUUGUUGUUGUUUUUCUAUGUUCUUCUUCGUUUUUUAUCAUCAUUUUUUCUCUUUUUUUUUCUCCUAGCCACACUGUAUUGCCUAAGUGGACAGAAACAUCGGGAGAUUAUCCUGUCAGAAUCCUUUCUGGUUUUAUGUUUUGUAUUGUGACAAGAUGUCUGGCGACGCCAGCCUCAUCCCUUCAUCUCGCUACUUUCCAAACUCUUUAGUGUACUUUCCACCCUUUCCCUUUGUUUUAUGCUUUUGUUUAGUUGAAUAAGAGCCGAUUGUAUGAGAUACAAAGCAGGAGAGAGGGGGAGGAGGAAUGGUUUGGUGGGUGGAAUGGUGUGAAUGUCCGAGAGGUGGCGGAGGACUGGUGCCCAAGAGUCUGUGCCAGCCGCACGUACCGGUGCAACAGUCGGAUAACUCGUGCCUGACCUUCCUUCCCGAGAACCGUUGGCUGUGAGCUCUGACCACCUCGUGCCCUGCAGGAUGGGCUCCGCGCGAGCCAGGCAGUCAGGCAGACUCUCUGGUUGCCCGGCAACACCAGCGGCACCCGCAGCACCGUCUGUGGCCGCAGUUUGUGUCUGAUGACAGUCGCCCAGAUGACGGUUGGUUUGUGGCUGUGGCAGGGGUGGAAAGGGAGGGGAGGGGUAGGAGGUUGGGCAGAAGUUGCCCAAUCAGUUUGUGAUGAGGCUAGCGUGGUCUUGCAUGCAUGAGGGCGCCCGCGUGCUUGUGCGUGUGUGGUAGGGCUUUAGAGUUCAUGAGAGUUAAGAUAAGUAUGGCAAAGCGAAACAUUUGUUCAGGUUUUUUCCUGUGUAUUCUGUUUUGUUUUUAUUGCUGUUCUCUCGACUAUGUAUUUGCCCGUGGUUAUAAUCUGAAGUUAGUGAAAGAUGGAUUUGUAACAGUGCGAUGUGUGGCGGACGGCCACAAACCAAAAUCCGCGGCAUGUGUCAGUAUUUAUGUGUAAUUUGUGUGUCAGUGUCUAUGUGUACUUGUGUGUCGGUACUAGUGUAUGUGGAGCAAUAAAGGUUGAUGUACAAUACACCU